AUGGCCGAGCCGGCGAUCCCGGGCAGUGGCGGACUCUCGUUCGGGCGCAGGCUGCAGCAGCUCCUCCAUUUCAACGCCGAGGUGCGCGUCGGGGACAGCUGGUCGCGGCGCAAGGUUGUCGGGCCCAGCGAUUUCGAGACUUGGAGGAAGGGUUGGCGCGUCUACAGGACGGCAGCUUUGAUUCUCAAGAUCUCGAGGGCAGGGCCCCUCGACGACUUCGAAGAGGGCGCGCGGCGCCCCUUUCUUGCUCUACCACAGCAUUGGGGUUUGAUCUACGUCGCGGUCGGCCACGCUGGAAUCAGGUCAGGGCUCGCAUCGAGCGCAUGGGCAAGCGCCAGACUUCACGCGGUGACUUUCACCCGCAGCGGCUGUGGGAGGCCGUCCUGA